AGAAACCACCAAGGGAGAAUCCUAAAGAUUCGUGUCAUGAAACACACCGCAAUCUACCAAAGUAGGUAGCAUGUGCUCGAACAGUCCAAUGUCCUACUUGCACGAAUUGGGUCAUCGCAUCGGGUUGAUAUCGAUACCUAGCAUGUGGCUGAGCAAGUUAUUUGCACUUGCUUACCUGUCAGCAAGCCUGCACUUCCCAACAUCAUGGACUCGCCAAAACGCGCUGGUUCUCCUUCUCCCGGCGCUUCGGACUCGAAGCGCAUGCGUAUAGACGAAGACCAAGGGGCAAUCCCCGUUGACUUGGACAAUGCUGUCGGCAAGCGCAAUGAACUCGAACCCCUUCCCAGCACCGAUAUCGCGAAUCUCCAGUCUGAAGAAUGGACCAGUCGUCCAGAGAAUGGGGGACGCGUCAGGCAGCUCAAAACUGAAGGGGAUGAUGAAUAUAGUGGAGAUGUCUCUAUGGGUGACGGCGGCGAUGAUGAAGGCGACGACAAUGACGAUGAAGACGACGAAGACCCUGCCCAGCUCGAAGCCACCCGCUUACGACUCGAAGAGCAGGCCCGCAAGUAUCUUGCCGCGCAGACACACGAGGUGAUUAUACCCUCGUUCUCUGCGUGGUUCGAUAUGUCGAAAAUCCAUCCCGUCGAGCGGCGCGCUUUGCCCGAGUUCUUCAAUUCGCGAAACCGCUCGAAAACGCCCGCCAUAUACAAAGACUACCGCGACUUCAUGAUCAACACAUAUAGACUGCGUCCUGUGGAGUACCUCACGGUCACCGCCUGCCGUCGAAAUCUUGCCGGCGACGUGUGCGCCAUCAUGCGUGUUCAUGCAUUCUUAGAGCAAUGGGGACUAAUCAAUUAUCAAAUCGACCCAGACUCUCGGCCGGCGGCCCUGGCACCACCAUUCACGGGCCAUUUCCGCGUCAUCCUCGACACACCGCGCGGUCUGCAGUCUCUGCAUCCCGGCACACGUCCUGCUAAUCCCGGAGCUGCUGCUGUGAAUGGUGCCAAGAAGCCAGCGGCGACCCCAGCAUCGUUGGAGCUCCGUUCGAGCAUCUACCAGACCUCGAACAAAUCUGCACGGUCCAUCGACGCAGCCGAAGCCGAAAACCUUGCAAAUGGGGCGAGCUCUACGCAAGGACCGGCCACGGGUCUGUAUUCUUGCGACACCUGUGGCUCAGACUGCACGCAAACACGCUAUCAUUCGCUCAAGGACAAAAAAUUCUCGCUCUGUUCGCCUUGCUAUCUGGACGGCCGUUUCCCAUCGCAUAUGUUCAGCGGCGACUUUGUGAAGCUUAGUGUGGCUACACCAGGAGCUUCAGAUGACUGGACGGACGCAGAGGUGCUCCUUCUGCUCGAGGCAGUGGAAAUGUACGAUGAUGAUUGGGGCCGGGUCGAAGAGUAUGUUGGGAGCCGGAAUGCACAAGCCUGCGUGCGCAAAUUUCUUUCUCUGCCCAUCGAGGACCCGUAUCUGGCCACGGAAGCGUCGAUGGGUCCAUUGCGGCAUGGGCGGAUUCCCUUCGAACAAGCGGACAAUCCUGUGAUGAGUGUAGUCGCGUUUCUGGCGGGAGUCGUCGCCCCUGGUGUGGCUGCGGAGGGUGCCAAGACUGCUCUGCAGCAUCUGACGAGUGUGGGCGAUGAAGACUCCAAAACGGACUCGAUUGACGCGCCGAUUGUGACUGGUGGCAAACGCGCUGUGCCGCAUUCACAGGCUGUGCGCGCGGCAGAACUAGCCCUCAAGUCGUCCGGCAAGGCUGCCGCUGCCCUUGCCGACGCUGAAGAAACCCAGAUUCGGUCGUCACUAGCGAACCUGAUCAAACUGACAUUGACAAAGCUGGAAGUCAAGAUGAAUCAAUUCGAGGAGCUCGAGUCCAUCCUCGAGGAGGAGCGGAGAGGCCUGGAAAGUGCGCGUUUGGCCCUGGUCCAGGAACGAGUUGGAAUUCGCAAAGUCAUCGAUGAUGCGAAAGCUGAGAUCGCCCGUCAUAACGCCCAAGGGCAGCCCGUCCAAGGUGCGAUGUCAGCGAUGCAGAUGAUGGCCGUACCUGGAGCGAUGGGAACCACUAAUCAAGGCCCCCUCGCCUUUGGCAUCACACCUGGCGUGCCUUUCGACGGCUCAGGCGGACCCGUCCCCGAUGGCAAUAUUCUGCAUUUGGCAUGAAUUGUGUAUUAUGUAGUCUUUUUUACAUUUUUCUGUUGUUCCCUAUCUCCGAUUCUCACCUGUAACAGUCGUCAAUCGAGGCGCAGUUGACAUAAGAACAAUCAACACACCUGCGCCUGUUGGAUGUCCCUUCGGAGCGAAUGAAGGAAUUUACUUAGACUGGAUUCCGGCUCAGCACGAUGUUCAAAGCUCGCCAGCAACCGUUGCUCGACGAUUUGUGCUUCUCGGACGCUGUUCCGAUCGAGCAAUGCACGGAUCAAAUUGGCAUAGAAGGUGACGUCGAGUUCAAGAAGGUUCUGGGUGGCAGACAACUCGACUUGAUCCAAUACGGUCAUGACUUGCUUGACAUCGCCUCUCCUUGCAUACAGCCGACCCAAUUCGGUCCAGUGUCCAAUCGUGGGUCGAACCCCAGCUUGAAUCAUCUCGCGAACCGCUUGCACCCCACGAUCGCCCCCGAAGGCAUCUUCCAGUCGUCGGAUGAAGGGUGUCAUUGCGUGAGGAUGUAUCCUGAGAGGGACGGUUGUCAUUCCACCAGCCUGGACCGGGCUCUCCGCAUUUCCCGUCCGGGCUGCCCCCAGCAAAGAGCG